GGGAGCGCGCGGGCCCGGCCUGGAGUGUGCACUGGGUGCUGUCGGGGGCGCGCCCGCCGCCUGUACGCAGUGACGUUGGUGUCUUUGCCCCCGGCGGCCCCCCUCCCCGGCCGCCGCACAGACCGUGACCCGCCGCCGCCGGUGCCGCUUCCUUCGCCGCGGCGGCGAUGUGACCCUCCCUACUCCCUGUCCCGCCCGCCCAGUGAACAUGGCGGAGGAGGUUCAGCAACGUCUGAUGACCAUGAAUUUGACCCGUCAGCUGAUAUGCUGGUUCAUGAUUUUGAUGAUGAAAGGACAUUAGAAGAGGAGGAAAUGAUGGAAGGAGAAACAAACUUCAGUUCUGAAAUAGAGGAUCUUACAAGGGAAGGUGAAAUGCCAAUUAAUGAACUACUUAGCCUUUAUGGCUAUGAUGGUACAGUCCCACUCCCAGAAGACGAAGAUGACGACGAUGAGGAGGAAGAGGAGGAAGAGGAAGGAGAAGAUGAUGAAGAUGUUGAUAAUGAUGACAACAGUGGCUGUAGUGGAGAAAACAAAGAGGAGACCAUAAAGGAUUCAUCAGGUCAGGAGGAUGAGACACAAUCCUCCAAUGAUGACCCAGCACCAUCUGUUGCUUCUCAAGAUCCGCAGGAGAUAAUUCACCCACGUCGAUGUAAAUAUUUUGAUGCAAACAGUGAAAUAGAAGAAGAAUCUGAGGAAGAUGAAGAUUAUAUUCCUUCAGAAGACUGGAAAAAGGAAAUCAUGGUGGGUUCUAUGUUUCAAGCUGAAAUUCCAGCUGGCAUAUGCAAAUACAAGGAGAAUGAGAAAGUGUAUGAAAAUGAUGACCAGCUGCUGUGGAAUCCUGAUUAUUUAACAGAAGAUAAAGUGAUUGAAUUCCUCAAUGAAGCCUCCAGGCGAACAGGAGAUGAGAAAGGACUAGAGGCAAUUCCUGAAGGAUCACAUAUUAAAGACAAUGAACAGGCAUUGUAUGAAUUGGUUAAGUGCAAUUUUGAUACAGAAGAAUCAUUGAGAAGAUUAAGAUUUAAUGUGAAAGCAGCCAGAGAAGAGUUAGCUGUUUGGACAGAGGAAGAAUGUAGGAAUUUUGAACAAGGACUGAAGGCCUAUGGAAAAGAUUUUCAUUUGAUUCAGGCAAACAAGGUACGAACAAGAUCAGUUGGCGAGUGUGUAGCAUUUUAUUACAUGUGGAAAAAAUCAGAGCGGUAUGACUUCUUUGCACAGCAGACCCGAUUUGGGAAAAAGAAGUACAAUCUCCAUCCUGGUGUAACGGAUUAUAUGGACCGUCUUUUAGAUGAAAGUGAAAGUGCUGCUUCCAGUCGAGCUCCGUCCCCUCCCCCUACAACCUCUAACAGCAGCACCAGCCAGUCUGAGAGGGAGGACAGCACAACUAGCAACAGUAAUCAAAAUGGUGUAUCCACUAAUGGGCCAGGUGAGAUAUCCAGUAAAGAUGAAGUAAAAAUUGAAGGAUUGCAUGUGAAUGGACCUACAGGUGGUAAGAAAACACCUCACACAGAUCUGGACACAAAUGGAUAUGAAACUGAAAACCUUUCCAUUGACCCUAAACUUGCUCAUUCAGCUGCAAGAAAUGAAAAUGAUUUUGAAGAAAAAAAUGAAAGACCUGCAAAGAGGAGAAGAAUCAACAGCAAUGGAAAAGAAAGUCCAGGUUCCUCAGAGUAUUUUCAAGAAGCAAUAUCACAUGGGAAGUUUGAAGAACUAGAGACUUUGGAUGAUUGAAUAUGGGAACUGAUUUUAUUCCUUGGAGUAAAUUCUGGGGUGCCUAAAAUUUUCAGGGUUGAUGGGUUACCUUACAAAAUCAAACUCCUUGAAGCAAUCUGAGAUUUUUCUUACACCUUUUAGUUGGCUCUGAAGUUCUGCUGUUUUUUCAGACCUGAAAUGCAGAACUGGAAUAUUUUGUUGCACAGAACUACGGGCUAUUACUGUUCUGGCAACAUUUAGGUAUUUUAAGGUGUUUGAGAAAUGAAUCCAUAAACUUGUUUAUAUGGUAAACACAUUUCCUGCUUAAUUUAUUAAGGAAAUUUCUAUUAUACACAUUCUUCAAAUUAUUUGUAGAUAUAGUUCUACUGUACAAAUUAUAUUUUUAAAGAGGAGAGCUGAUUCAAAUUUAAAUUGUCACAAGUAGUUAAUGUGAAAUUUUAGAAUUCCAAGACACAAUGGAGAAGCAGGUGUAAAUUUUCAAUCUAGAUGAAGAGAAAUGGUAUAGAAUUAAGGAACUCCUAUGAAUCCUGAAAGUUAUGAGCACGAUUAUUUUUAUAUAUAGAAGUUUUUAAAAAAAUAAACCAAGUCAGGUUUGUAUAUGUAAAAUUGUUGACAUCAAUGAUGUCUUCCAUAUUCUUAUCUGGGCUAAAGAAAUACGUUCUGUAUUUUUCCAGAUUUCUUUGUAGCCUUUGAAAGAUUUUUACAGUACUUAUGUCUUGAUUGAGCUGUCCUUUCUUAAAACAAAAGCUUGUAUAAUUUUCUUAACUUGUACAAUUGGUAAACUUUUAUGAGAAAAUAGAUAAUCUGAGUCUGUCAGCUUCAUUUUAUUUUACUAAAGUCUGUUUCUUAAAAAAAAAAAACUAACUAAAAACAAUUUUUAAGUGUUUAUGUAGUUAUUACCAAGUCGUGUUUUCUUCUCAGAAAACUGUAAACCAUUAAAAUUAGGAUGGUUAAAGCAGUCACAUAAUUAUGAGAAUCUGACUUCUCAAAUUUCUGUCUAAGGACAAAUAGUGAUUUUUGAGAAUUUUGGAGUUAAGCAUGAUGCUUUUAUUGCACAAACUUUCUUGCUUUUAUUAUACAUUUUCAAAUUUUAUUUUUGAGGUAAGACAAAGCUUAAUUUCAGCCAAAUCCUUAAAUAUGUUUAAACUUUGUUAGCCAACUUCAGGUAUUAGAUUAUUCGUUGAUGAUUUUUAAUAAUCUUGUGCAUUUCAGUGACCACAGAAGGGGUAGGAAAUGGGUCAAGUGAUUCUGGUUGCAUAAGUUAGGAAUUUAAUGCACAGCUGGUUACUGUGGGCCUGAUCUUGCAUCUCUGUGAACUGUUGGGAUUCAUAUUAUUGACUACUUCAGCAGGUGCAGAAGCAGAAUCUAUGUACAUAGUUGGCACAGCAUGUAUGUAAACAUAUAUACAUGUAAGAGGCGAUUGUAAGUGUUGGUAUCUAUUUUAAGAGAUGGUGCUAGAAAGAAAAACCCUUAUCAAGGGAGGGGGAUGCUAAAUCUCUUCUUUCUAGCUUUCCCAAUAAAUGUUUGAAAUUUUGUUGAGGUGGGAGGUUAUGUCUGUGAAGUGUAAAGUUUACAGUACCAGUGCUUUUUAGCCACAGCUACACAAAAUAGUGUAAAGAAACCCAGAGGAAACAUUGCCCUGGUUGUCUAAUUUAUAAACUGUUGUCUUCUACUUCUGUGGUUUUACAAAUAUACUGUUAGCUUUUUUUUUUUUUUAACUUGGUUAUUUCUGCUGGUCUUCAAAAGUUUAUAUACGUCUUCAGGGCUUUACUUUGAAAAUUAUGGUUACGUGGUUUCAAACUAAUUUGAUUAUCACAUUGACUUACAAAAACACAACUUUUUUUCCCCCCUUCCCACCAGUUUUUGUUUUUCACAAAUGAUCAUGAGGCAGAGUUAGAUACGCUGAGCCAAAUUCAGACCUGGUGUAACUCCAUUGACGUAAUUAGUUAGGCUGGGUGUGAAAUUAGCCCAUUUUUCUCAGAUGUUUUAGGAGAUCUGUUUAACGAGUUCAGCAGACAUUGGGGCAUUGACAUUAAUCUAACUAAAACUAGAUAGCAGUUUAUACAGAGAGACAUAAUCAAGAGAGUGUUUAAUGUAUGGCCUGCAUUAAUCUUGUGGCGUGAUUGUUUUAGGAGGAGGUCAUUGUCAAUUUUAAAUUUUGAUUGAACAGAAAUCCAAAGUAUCAAGUCUUAUAUCAAAGAUGGUAUUUAGAAAGUUUCAGAAUGGAGGUAGUACAGUGCUUCUAAAAAUCUUUACAUCUUUAAUCAGAAUCCUAUUUUCAAUUUAUUAUUUGUAUGCAUUUUUGUUUGCAAGUGGAAAUACUUGCAAAAACAUUUUAUAGGAGAGUUUAUAAGUAAAUUGUCUCAGGCUUGUGUGUAAAAUAUGGCACUGUGUACAUUUUCAGAAAUGUUGAUUUGUUUUUAAUCUUUUUAUGGUAUGCCUAAAGAGAUCUGACAUUCCAUAAUCAUAGAAUAUGUAAUGCUCAGCUAUUCUUAAAGAAGUAUUUAAUUAUAAUUUGCAUUGUGUUUUAUACAAUAUUUGGUUCAUGUUCUUCAAAAUGCAGCCACUAUAAUUUGAUAAAUCAUUGCACUACUAGUACUAUUUAAAAUUCUAGUAAUAUAGUAACUUUGAUUCAUUUCAGAAAUAUUCAGCACAGUUUGGAACCAAGGAAUAUUUGAACCAGCUUCCAAACUGCAUUGAAAAGACAGCAGCUUAUGUGUAACACUUAGUAUAUUUUUCAAGCACUGUCACGAUGUAUCCGGCUGGAUCAGGUGUCCUCGUUCAUGAAGUGCUUUGAGUGCAGUCUGAAUCAAACAUUGCAGUUCAACAGAACAAACCUUUGUUGGGCUUUAUAAAGGAUUUAAAGCGAUAUUUUGAAAAAAACAUUACAAAUUUACAAAUUAGUUUUUAUACAUUUUUUUCACGCAUAGUAAUUUUGCACUGUUAGUAAUUCCCUUGUCCUUUCCCCAUUCCCUGUCUGCAAUUCUGGAAAAGCUUAUUAAAAUAUUUUUUUAAAUGGA